GCCAAAUGAACGGAGCAGCAUUCCCCUCUCCCACUGCAGAGAUGGCGGAGAUUAACCGCAUCCACUAUGAGCUGGAGUACACGGAGGGCAUCAGCCAGCGCAUGAGGAUUCCAGAGAUGCUCAAAAUGGGCCCCUAUGGUCAUGACAACCCUGAGGCAGGCUCACAUGACCUGCACAACGUCAUGAUGCAGGUCCCAGAGAGGAUCGUAAUGUCAGGUAGCUACGUUGGUCCUCCAUAGGGUCUCUGUAGUGUUGAUACUCCUGGGCAAUGUUACUUUUGCUCAAAAUGUAUGAUUUUCUCCCAGACACUAGUUUCAUUUUCCAUUGCAAACUGUUUUAGGUUUCAAGUCUUACUAAACAUAACCCUGUAUUGGCCCUUAUAUGACACCCCUCCUGACUGCUCUUCUCAGGAGACAGUGAGGACUCCCAGUUCCCCAGGCCCAGAGACCUGGACCUGAUCCAGUCCACCCCGCUAGAGAGCCUGUCUUUGAAGACCCCACCUCGGGUCCUCACCCUCAACGAGCGGCCACUGGACUUCAUGGAAAUGGAGCACAGUGCAGCCCCAGUCCAGCCCAGUGAGGAGGUAAGGUAGUGGAGGCUGGAGAGUCUAGAGAUGGACAGAGAUAGUACUGUUGGGGUGAUGUGAUGGACCAGGCAUGUGUGAACAAGCGGUAUCAAACCCUGGUCACCCAAGCAACUCAAGACUGUGCUAGCCCUCUGAGCUAAAGCCUAGACAUACGUUAUUUGAGCUUACACAAAUGUUCAGACAUCUGGCAAUGCCAUUUGUCUUGUGAGCAUAGUUCACAGAACCACCUCUACACUGAAAAUGUGGAGUUUGAAUGUGAAGUCAGUCAGUAUUUUACAGGAAGAGGAUAUCAGUAUUUAACUGUUCACCCCUUCUCAUAGGUGCGUUCGCAAGGGCGGUUGCGGCGGGAACGUUCAGCCAGCGAGAACACCACUGUCCGUCACAAUGGCCAGAUUGUCAGAAAUGAUUCAACGUAAGUAGCCUAUCAACUGUGGUCCACACCCCAGUAGUGCCAUGCACAAACCACCACCACCACACCCCUCUCCUCUUCUGCAAGCCUGUCCUUCUUUCCUCCUUCCAUCUGACCAGUGGUUUUCCCUGUCUGACGGCCUGUUUGUCCAUCUCUCACUCUGUUUGUUUGUUGUGAUAAAGACUUGGCUGUAGGUGGGUGUCUGUAUCUCACCGGUGUUGUUGCCCACUCUGUAGUCUGUUUGGUUGGUAGUUGUAUUUGGGUCUGCACCCUGGGCUGUUGCAAUGCUGUGUCAGUGUGAGAGUAGUGCAGCUCCCUCCUGUCCUGAGCAUGGUACUAAAACUCUCUUAAUUCUCUUCACUAUUAAAAUAUUAAUAUACUAUACUGUACCAGGGAGGGGCACCUUACAGUAAACAUGGCAUAGAGCUAUUUAAUUUGUUCAAAGCUUAUUUCACUAUAUAAAGUCCUUGGGGAUGCUCUUUUGUUUAGGGCAUCUUUGUGAGGGAUGAUUCAUUGGGACCUUAAUUAGGACCUUUCCAUGCUUUUGUUUCCGCAUCUCCCUUCCUGGUGGAGGGUUAGGUAUAGUUCAGUGGCGCACUAGUAUGAUUUGUUUGACAUCACCCCAUCAGUACUAUCUCUGUCACUAUUUGGUGGCUGUUAUCUCGGCGCAGUGAGUAAAGUGCGGAUGGUCUUUCUCCCCUCCCUCUUCUUCACUCUCUCUCUCUCCCUCUCUGCUCUGUUUUCUCUGGCUUGGCCACUCAUGUUGGUGGGGGCAGUGUGACCCCAGCCCCUCUCCGUGCCUGCCCCCCUCUCGCCAUGGCCGAGGACGAACAGAACCAGCACAGCGCUAGCGGCGUUCUCUCUUUCAUCCAGUCCACCACGCGCCGGGCCUACCAGCAGGUCUUGGAGGUUCUGGACGAGAACCACCGCAGGUGACCCCAUGACCCCUCCUCUUAAGGUCAUCUAUAGGCUGACCUCUCCCACUCUGCUCAUCAUGCAGAGAUUAACUCCUCAAUACAAUUGUAUUAAUUCUCUUUGAGGCAAUGAAGUCCCUGCUGUUGUCUCUUUCGCAUGGACAGGUUCAUCAAAUAAAAUCGCGGCUGUUUGGACAAUUAAACAAAUGUAUCUUUGUAUAAGUUGGAUAUUUGCUCAAUGAACUAAAUAAUUUUGAUCAUAUUUUGAUCAUUUCUUUUGGGGCAAUGUGUAGGGAAUACCUGGUAAUUUAUAACAUUCAGUAACACAAUAUGUCACAAUGUAUAUUUAUUUAUCAUUGCAAAUCAAGAUUGACUUUGCCUGAUGUGCUGUUAUUGAGCUGUGGCCUCGCUCAGUGCUUGACUGAAUUGGUUGAGAGGAGAGUAGUGUGUAGAGCUAAGUCAUAUUUUCAUUGAAAUCAGUCAUUGAGUUUUAAAUUAGUGCUGCUCUUGGUCUAUCCAUGUGCUGUAAGGCCGUUAUCAAGUGUUGUCAACAGCCAACUUAUAUAGUGAUGUGUAUUGUCUACUCUGAGGAGAAGUUAGUGAUUUGGAGAUUCAUAUAUUGGUAGUCUUACAGAGGUCUGUUUUACACUGCAUGAUCGAAGUCAUGAGACAUUGGAACUAUGAAGUUCAAGAGUGAAUGUGAGAGACUUUGGGAUUGUAUGUGUGAGACACUGUACAUUGGUGUGCUGCUCUACCUCUCUCUUGCUUCCUCUCUCCCUUCCCUGUUUCUGCCCUCUUCAGCAAGCCAUCACUGCGAGGGGGGUCUGCCUCGACCUCUAACCCCCUGCAUGAAUCCAGGUAACUCCACCUGGCACGUAGACUUCACUCCUCUCUUUCUCUCUUCCUUUUUCCUCCUCUCCCUUUCCUUUCAUCAUACAGGCCCAUCAUACUCAACUCUGGACCCAUAAGCCAGUUCCACACAAUUUUUUUUCAUUGUUCCUUCUAAUCAGGGACUGAUUUAGACCUGGGACACCAGGUGUGUACAAAUAAUUAUCAGGUAGAACAGAAAACCAGCAGGCUCCGGACCUCCUAGGGUAUGAGUUGAAUAACCCUGAUAUAGGCUAUAUUUAUUGUUAGAAGAGGAUGAGCGUCGUCACUGUCAGUGUUUCAAGUUUCCAAUAUUAGUUGAAAAGAUAGUUGGGCAAUGAGUAAUGCCAGUCUAUUGAACAAUUGUCAAUGUAUUGUGAAUAUAUUUAUAAUAGAAAUACAUUGUAAACAGUUCAAUCAUUGAUCAUUAAGCUGAGAACUUCAUUGUCAUAUUAUGAUCAACGAUCGGAAAUAUCAUCAUGCCUGAUCCAUGAUAGAAAUGUUUAACCAGGAUGUGUUUGGUCUAUUUCUCUUCACCCAAGGCUUAACCUGGCCACUCUAGACACUACUCUGGAUGUCUCCAUGGCUCCUGAUGACAUGGCUGUCGUAGAUGCAGCAACACUUCGACGUCAGGUCUGCUCCUAAUACAUUUUGACUGUACUGUACUUCUAUGGAAGGUAUCUCAUUUAGCUGUUUUGUUUUGGCUAUAUUGGUUGGUGGUGUUGUGAUUUUCAUUGGUGUGCCUGUAGAUCAUCAAGCUGAACCGGAGACUCCAGCUCAUAGAAGAGGAGAACAAGGAGAGGUCCAAACGUGAGAUGAUCAUGUACUCCGUCACCGUAGCCUUCUGGCUUAUCAACAGCUGGGUUUGGUUCCGCCGCUAGAAUCCUUUCCUCAGAACCACUGCCAGAGAGUGGAGAACAAAGCCUCUCCCCUCCCCUUCUAUGUGUCAAAUGUUAGCAAAAUGUACUCUCUGCACUUAGUCCCAGCGCUGGACGGCCUUGCUAUUGGGCAAUGGGAUGUUUGUUUUCAUCAAAUUUCAUGUAAUUGUUAUUCUUUAGAAUGCUAUAUUAUUGUAUUUUUUUGCUUAAGAAGCUAAGAAUGACUCGGCUGUAAAUAUUUCUUAAUGUUACUCAAAGUUGUAAUCAUUGCUCCCAAGGUAUUUCCAACAGAUAAGAGGUCUAAAGAAAAGGAAAAAAUAAGCCACGGUGGAGACUCAUCGAAAUGGGCUAAAUAUGUUAAAUAUGUAUUGGGGACUGGAGUGAUGUGAAAAGAUUUUUAAAAAUAAUAAUAAUUGUGAAGUACUGCUGUUAUAUUGUAAGAUAAUACAUUAUGUAACAUUUGCUCAUGGGUUUAAUUGAUGUAUAAUACUGCAAGGAAAUAUACAGUCACACUAUUGCUAUGACACCAUUUUAUUAAUUAUGUAUGGCCCCUAUCCACCAAGCCAUAGGCAUUCUUUUUUUUUCUCCUCUCAUAUUUAUCUUCAGUUCCUACUUUUUUUUUUACGAAGAACUUGCUGGCACAAUGUUUCCAAAUUGGUUGUAGUUUUCAGUUGUAAUGUACCAGCAGAUUCAUACAAUUUUAUUGGAAUAAAUGAAAAAAUAGCUAAUUCUGAUGUUUGAGUUUAGUUAUAUUAGUUGUUACCGG